AUGUCGUAUCCCACACUCCCUCAAACGCCGCAGAAAGCUCUCCCGGGUGCCUACUUGCAGACUCCAGCUCCGGCCCCGUCACAGAAUGCCGUGUUUGCGAAACCCGCAGUGCCUUCGCCGGCAAUGCCGCUGCCAAAACUGCCCCCGGCGGCCUCCAGGUCCAAGAACCAGACCUUGAGCACCGAGGAGCGCGGUGCGCAGACGGUCAAUGACACCCUAUUUCAAGAAUCGCGCUACCCCGACCUGGACAACUAUCUGUCGCAGGGCUUCUCGUCCGAAUAUGAUAUCCCUAUGUCCCAGUCCUGGGCUCCCUUCCAAAAGGUCAAAAUGUACAAUAUCCCUGACCAGAUCUUCGACCAGUACAAUCGCGCACAGGUGUCAACGAGCAUGGGUCUCUUUGCCGAGCUGAAUCACGCGUGGGUGGCCAUUGACAACGCGCUCUACCUCUGGGACUUCACACAUCCAAACCCGCAGCUGGUCGGGUUUGAGGACCAGCCCAACAGCAUCAACUCCGUCAAGCUGGCCAAGCCGCGGGCCGGAGUGUUUUUGCCGGCCAUCACCCAUUUGCUCGUGGUGUCGACGACGGCGGAGGUGAUUUUGCUGGGGAUGGGCUGUGAGACGACGCCAAGCGGGACACGACAGGUCUCCUUAUUCCAAACCGGAAUGUCGGUUUCGAUUCGGGGGCUGGAUAUUCAUGUUUUUGCCUCAUCGGAUUCCACCGGCCGAAUUUUCUUUGGUGGUUCUUCCGACAACGACGUAUACGAGUUCACAUAUCAGCAAGAGGAGCGAUGGUUCCAGGGCCGGUGUGCCAAGGUCAACCACACCAGCUCGCGUCUGGUGGCGUUCACUCCCUCGCUGAGCUUGACAAAUUUGGCUCAGCGGGCCAACGAACACGUGGAGCAGAUGGUGAUUGAUGACAGCCGGAAGCUCCUGUACACGUUGUCGUCGGCAUCGACCAUUCGGGUGUUCCAUAUGAAACCAGAUGGAACGCUGUCGCUGGCCAUCACCAAGCAAGCGCUGGAUAUCUACUCGAAUAUUGGGCACAUUAUCGCAUCCAACGAGACGCUCAACCCGAAAGUCAAAAUCGUGUCCAUCAGCCCCAUCCCUGCCGCCGAGGCAUCGCGUUAUCACCUGGUCGCAACCACGGCCACCGGAUAUCGCAUCUAUCUCAGUGCCACCGGAUCCUACAGUUGGUCCCCGGCACCCAAUGGUGCCAACGCGCCCACCAGCAUGCAGGCGCAGCAUGUGAAGACACCACCAAUCGAUAACAAUGCGGACAUAGCGCUUCCCGGUCAGGCUCGUUUCCAGCCAGCGGUCACAUCCAAAUUCCCGAUCCAUUCACUCUCCCCCACGCGGAUGGCCGCGCGAUACCCUCCCGGGUAUUUCUUCUGUUUUACCUGCAAAGACGCCACCCAAAAAGCUGAUACCCUUUUCAUCUCGUCCCCGGACUCGGGCCGGAUCGCCCGCUCCCAGGAGAAUGUCCUCUCCGGCAAAGCUGCCGAGUCCGCCAUCUGGCUGAACCUCGGAGGCCGGGCAGAGGAUGUCGGAUUGUGUUCUGCUCUUCCACCUACUACUUCCGGAGGAUUUGGGAAUGAGCUGGCCAUCCAGUUUGAUCACCCCGCCGCCGAAAUUGCCAUCCUCACCAACACCGGCAUUCACGUUAUUCGACGGCGGCGCCUCGUGGACAUCUUUGCCGCAUUGGUGCGUGGCGGUGGCACCACAGACGAAGGCCUCGAAGGCGAAGUCAAGAAUUUCAUCCGAACCUAUGGCCGAAGUGAGACCCUGGCUACAGCCUUAGCGGUGGCCUGUGGUCAAGGGGUGGAGAUCUCUUCGGACCAACGACUGACGCCCAUUAAUGAUCCCGAUGUACUGCAAUUUGCCCGCAAGGUUUUCAUUGACUAUGGUGGCCGGCCUACGGUCAACGAGAACGCCGUGGCGGACAGCUCGACGUCCGCCAUCGAUGCUGUGGUGCCGUCUCCCCGGCAUCACGGCAUUGCUCUGUAUAUUUCUCGCCUGUUGCGCUCAAUCUGGAAGAAGGAGAUCGCCAAGGUUGGCAACGAACCUAACGGGACGCUGACCGUCUCUGCUUCUGUGAAUGCGACAAAGCUGCAGAUGGUCCAGCGCGAUCUGUCAUCACUGCAAGAAUUCUUCAAGACCAACCGAAGUUUCAUUGAGGGCCUCAGUGGACCGGAGGCGCUUGCGCGAGUGUCAACAAAGCAGGAGGAAACAGCAUUGCAGGCGGAGCACCGCGCACUACACUCUCUCGUUCAGCUGGUUUCGCAUACCAUCGAAGGCAUUUCCUUUGUGUUGGUUCUGUUCGAUGAGCGGGUCGAUGAGAUCGUGGCGACGCUGCCGGAAGAAUCAAAGCAACGCUUCUUGAAGCUGACCUUUGAGGAACUGUUCAGCACCAGCAAGGGUCAUGACAUUGCCAAGGAGUUGGUGAAAGGGAUUGUGAACCGCAACAUCGCCAAAGGCUCCAACGUCGAGACGGUGGCCGAUGCCCUGCGCCGCCGAUGUGGCAGCUUCUGCAGCGCUGAGGAUGUAGUGAUUUUCCGGGCCCAAGAACUGCUAAAACGGGCAACUGAGGCCGGUGCUAACUCCGAACUGGGUCGAAAUCUGUUGAAUGAAAGUCUGCAGCUGUUCCAACAGGUAGCAGACUCACUUCCCAUGGACUACUUGGUAUCAGCGAUGGACAACUACAUCAACAACCAAUUCUUUGCAGGUGCCAUCCAACUGUCCCUCAACGUUGCCCUCCGUUCCGAUAAAGCCAAUCUCGCGCUCUCAUGGAUCAUGGACGGACGUCCCGAUCAGGUGCCUAUCCCUUUUCAAUUCCAGACCGCCCACUCGCUCACUAGCCUCCAGGACCCCCGCAAGGACUACUUCUAUUUCCGCAAGCAAUGCUACGACCUGAUCUUCAAGGUUGUCAUCGCCGUCGACCAAUUGGCAUCCAAAGAUCCCGGCUUCAUCGAUGGCCAAAUGACCAUCAUUGCCAAACGCCAGAACGAGGCCUACGGCGUGAUUGCUGACUCGACCGACGAAGUUUUUCUGACCAGCUUGUACGAUUGGUAUCUGGAGCAAGGACAGAGUGAUCGCUUGCUCCAGACUCCGUCGCCGUUUGUUGUCACUUACCUCGAACGCAAAUCGACCGAUGAUAUCUCCCACGCGGAUUUGCUUUGGCGCUACUAUGCCCAGUCGCAGCGCUUUUUUGAGGCGGCAAAGGUGCAGUUCCAACUUGCGAGAAGCGCUUUCACUCUGCCGCUCAGUCGGCGCAUUGAGUAUCUGGGACGUGCCCGUGCCAAUGCAUCCACCUUCACACCAGAUGUUGGGCGACAGUCGCGGCAGCGUCUGCUCCAUGAGAUUUCCAACUUGAUAGACGUGGCCAACAUCCAGGACGAUCUUCUGCAACGGCUGAAGGACGAUGACCGGAUCGCUCCAGAGCGCAAGGCCGAGGUUCUCCGGGAUGUUGAUGGACCUGUCAUGGAUAUCAGCACGCUCUUCAACCAAUACGCCGAUUCGGCCAGCUACUAUGACAUCUGCCUGCAGAUUUUCUUCCAGGCCGAUUAUCGGAACGCCGCCGACAUCAAAGCAACCUGGCAGCACCUGAUCCAAGAUCUGCACUCCACCACCGUAGAGCGCGGGUCCCCACAACCCUUUGAGGCGGUGAUCGACAAGGUGCGUAGCUUGGGUAGCCGGCUGCGCAUGUCCGAGACGGUUUUCCCCGUGCGAGAACUUCUACCGAUGCUGGAGCGGUAUGCGCUCGAGCACCAGCGCCAUGUUGGCCCCGCCACUUGGGUCGUCGAUCUGUUCCUCGAUCUGGGUGUAGCACACGAAUCCCUCUAUGCCGUGUUGGAGGCCAUGUACUACACCGACGAAGCCCCCUUCCACGGCUCGAACCGCCGCUACAUCGCACACGAUCUUCUGUAUCUGCUUGAUAAUUGGUUCCACGAGACUGUUCGGUUGGGGGGUAUGGUGUUUGGCUCGGAUGUUGUAGCCGAGCGCGUAUCGGAGACUUUGUUGCUCCUGCAGCAGGGCGGUGGCAUCACCCCGGAGCAACUGGAGAUGGCGCAUACACUGCGGUCGAGAAUCGAUGAACUCCUGCGGUGA